GAUUGACAUAACAGCGUGGGUAUAAUCUAUUGAAAGAAGACCUAACUGAUUAAGAAAAUAAACCAACGUGAUUUGGGUUUCCGUGGCGUGCGAGAGGAGCAUUUUUUGCUUUUGGGGUGUCGAAAAAGGAAACAGAAGUUCGUUCUUCCGUCUAACUAAAUCGAAUCGGAUCCGCUGCAACCGUACAUAAGCAGUUUACCCCUAUCUAUUGUCGAUUUUUCUUCACACAAAGUAACGGAGGAUUUCCUUCAUCCGCAAUCUCCCAAUCCAAUACCCUCUGUCACCAUGCAGAGACCCCGGCGCCGUUGCGAGGGCACAGCCAUGGGGGCUAUCGUUCUCGAUCUUCGACCCGGUCUCGGCAUCGGACCCUUCAAUUUAGGGAUGCCCAUUUGCGAAGCAUUUGCUCAGAUAGAGCAGCAGCCAAAUAUAUAUGACGUGGUGCAUGUGAAGUAUUUUGAUGAGGAACCGCUGAAGUUAGAUAUUGUGAUUAGCUUUCCCGAUCAUGGUUUCCAUCUUCGUUUCGACCCGUGGUCUCAGAGACUGCGGCUGAUUGAAAUAUUUGACGUAAAGAGACUUCAAAUGCGCUAUUCUACUUCCUUGAUAGGGGGACCAUCAACAUUGGCUACUUUUGUUGCUGUAUAUGCACUGUUUGGACCUACAUAUCCUGGAAUUUUUGACAAGGAUAGAGGCAUUUACACCCUAUUCUAUCCGGGUCUUUCUUUUGCCUUCCCUAUUCCUAGUCAAUUUACAGACUGCUGUCAUGAUGGUGGAGUGGAGUUGCCAUUGGAGUUUCCUGAUGGGACCACGCCGGUUACCUGCAGGGUUUCUAUAUAUGACAGCUCCUCUGGUAAGAAGGUUGGUGUGGGGUCUUUAAUGGAUAAGGCUUCUGCUCCACCAUUACCGAUUGGAAGCAUUUAUAUGGAAGAGGUCCAUGUAAAGCUGCGAGAAGAAUUGUAUUUCACAGUUGGCUCUCAACAUAUUCCGUUUGGUGCAUCUCCUCAGGAUGUUUGGACGGAGCUUGGGCGUCCUUGUGGAAUUCAUCAAAAGCAGGUGGAUCAAAUGGGCAUUCAUUCUGCCUCUGAUAUUCGACCAAGGACAACUUUAUGUGGAGAUUACUUUUAUAAUUAUUUCACUCGUGGUCUGGACAUCUUAUUUGAUGGAAAGACCCACAAAAUCAAGAAGUUUGUUUUGCAUUCCAACUUCCCCGGUCAUGCGGAUUUCAAUUCUUAUAUUAAGUGCAACUUUGUUAUCCAUGGUGCAGAUUCAGCUGGGGGAUCUUUCGAGGAAGUAAAUAAUAUCAAACAAAGGGUUAUUACACCUAGCACCAAAUGGGAACAAGUGAAGGAAAUACUUGGGGAUUGUGGACGAGCUGCCAUUCAAACCCAAGGCUCUGCAACUAAUCCAUUUGGUUCAACAUUUGUGUAUGGUUAUCAAAAUAUUGCCUUUGAGGUGAUGAAGAAUGAUUAUAUUGCAACAAUAACUCUCUUCCAAUCAUGAUGAUGCCUUUUUCAUUACUGUAGGUACCGGCAUUUCCUAUAUAUGGUGCAGCUUUCCAUCAGCAUUAUCGUUGCACGGGGCAUUUCUUAUAUAUGGUGCAGCUUUUCAUCAAGCAUUAUCGUUGCAUGGUGCUAUCUAUCGCAAUUGUACAGCUAUAUUACAUUUACACAUUGUUAAAGUUGUGUAAUUUUCUAACAUUGACAUCUUCCAAAAAGCUAAUGUAAAAUAUAUCUUUUGCUUUGCCUUUCA